AUGGUCAAGAUCAAAUCGACCCCAAUCUUCCAAGCUGUUUUGCUCUUACUGAAGCACACCAAUGUCAUUGCUGUUCCAAUUAUACCUUCAACGACACAUGCGAGUGCGCCCAUAUCGCCCGAGUUUUUUCAUGGUGGCUUAACAAAUAGAAGGAUGAUGAUCAAAUCCGAACAAGUCAGUCGAGAGUUGACACCCACUGUCACAAGCCCUCCACCUACCCAGUUUAUCAAUAGAGUAUAUCCAAAUGAAGCCCAAGAGCGCGCGAUCAAACAUGCCAUGCGCAAUCAACAGAGGGGAUUGCCCUAUCGAGUAUCCACCAAUGGCGAAAUGACUGAAGAACCAAAGGAUGCCUGUGAUCCAAGCUAUUUCUGUGGGAAGAUGACAUUCCGUAAUGAAAAAGGAGAACUCUUGGAUGAAACUGGACGUUGUCAUUGUAACAGUUCAUGUUGCGGAGUCAGGGCUUCCAACUCUGCUGAGACAUUAAUUUGCUGUGGCAUUCUUUGUGGCAGUAUUGGUACUUGUCCAUCUUUGUGGUGUUCUGGUAUCUACUCAUGGCAGUUAUGGAAUGCAUGCAAGGGUCUUUGGAACCGUGCAUUUUGA